CCCCUUGACCCGGAAGCGGUCCUCGGCCAGCCCCGUCCCGGCAUGCCCCGGGCUUCCGGUGACCUCCGGCCCUCUCCCGCCGUCCGCCGUCCGCCGUCGCCGUCGCCGAGCGCGCUCGCUCCGGCUCCGGCUCCGGCUCCUCCCGGCUCCGUCCGUCCGUCCAUCCGCCCGCCCGCGCGUCCGUCCGCCCGUCCGUCCGCCCUCCGCUCGCCCCGAGCCUGUGGCGCCGCGGCCGUCCGGCAUGGCCGCCUCUAAGCCGGUGGAGGCGGCGGGCCCGGGCGGCGGGGGGCUGGCGCGGUGGCAGGUGGCGCUGGCCGUGGGGGCGCCGCUGCUGCUGGGCGCGGGCGCCGUGUUCCUGUGGAGCCGCCAGCGGGGGCGCCGGGGCGCGGGCGGGCGCGGGGACGCGGGCGGCCCGAAGCGCAACAGCGAGCGGAAGACCCCGGAGGGCAGGGCCAGCCCGGCGCCGGGCGGCGGCCACCAGGAAGGGCCCGGCGGGCGGCGGGACAUGAACUCUCUUGAUAGAGCCCAAGCAGCCAAGAACAAAGGCAAUAAAUACUUUAAAGCAGGAAAAUAUGAACAGGCUAUUCAGUGCUACACUGAGGCUAUCAGUCUGUGCCCUGCGGAGAAGAACGGUGACCUGGCCACGUUUUACCAGAACAGAGCUGCUGCCUUUGAACAGUUGCAAAAAUGGAAAGAGGUGGUACAGGAUUGUACGAAGGCUGUUGAACUUAAUCCCAAGUAUGUGAAAGCUCUCUUCAGACGUGCAAAAGCCUAUGAGAAGCUAGACAAUAAGAAGGAAUGUUUAGAAGAUGUCACUGCUGUGUGCAUAUUGGAAGGCUUCCAGAAUCAACAGAGCAUGCUGUUAGCUGAUAAAGUCCUUAAGCUUCUUGGAAAAGAGAAAGCCAAAGAAAAAUACAAGAAUCGUGAACCUCUGAUGCCAUCUCCCCAGUUUAUCAAAUCUUACUUCAGUUCUUUCACGGAUGAUAUCAUUUCCCAGCCCAUGCUUGAGGGAGAGAAGUCUGAUGAAGAUAAAGAUAAGGAGGGGGAGGCGCUAGAAGUCAGAGAACAUUCUGGCUAUUUAAAGGCCAAGCAGUAUAUGGAAGAAGAAAACUAUGAUAAAAUCAUAAGUGAAUGCUCAAAAGAAAUAGACACUCAAGGCAAAUACCUGGCAGAAGCAUUAUUACUGCGAGCCACCUUCUACCUGCUGAUUGGCAGUGCCAAUGCAGCCAAGCCAGACUUGGACAAGGUCAUCAGUCUGAAAGAAGCCAACGUGAAGCUGCGAGCAAACGCACUCAUCAAGAGAGGCAGUAUGUACAUGCAGCAGCAGCAGCCCCUGCUGUCCACGCAGGACUUCAACACGGCUGCCGACAUCGACCCCCAGAACGCAGACGUCUACCACCACCGCGGACAGCUGAAAAUACUGCUCGAUCAAGUUGAAGAAGCAGUGGCAGAUUUUGAUGAAUGUAUCAGAUUACGACCUGAGUCUGCUCUUGCACAAGCUCAGAAAUGUUUCGCCUUGUACCGCCAGGCAUAUACAGGGAACAAUUCUUCACAAAUUCAAGCAGCUAUGAAAGGCUUUGAAGAGGUUAUAAAGAAGUUCCCAAAGUGUGCUGAGGGUUAUGCACUUUAUGCCCAGGCGUUAACAGACCAGCAGCAGUUCGGCAAAGCUGAUGAGAUGUACGAUAGAUGCAUCGACUUAGAGCCAGACAACGCCACGACGUAUGUUCAUAAAGGCUUGCUUCAGCUUCAGUGGAAGCAAGACCUCGAUAAAGGCUUGGAGCUCAUCAGCAAGGCGAUUGAAAUCGACAACAAGUGCGACUUUGCAUACGAAACCAUGGGGACGAUCGAAGUGCAGAGAGGAAAUAUGGAGAAAGCCAUUGACAUGUUCAACAAAGCCAUUAACCUGGCCAAGUCAGAAAUGGAGAUGGCCCAUCUCUACUCGCUCUGUGACGCCGCCCAUGCCCAGACAGAAGUCGCAAAGAAGUACGGGUUGAAACCACCAACAUUAUAAAGGACGGGGGAGGAAAAUGGCCCUCUUUUUAGAAGAAGUUUACCCUCUUCGACUGAACCCUAAAGGCACUCAAACCGUGUUGAAUGGUGGACCUCCGUGUUCUGUUGAUGCUGUUGUCCUUCGUCAUGUCCGUUUUCGUGUUUAGGUGUUGUGGGAGUGGCUGUUGACGCGCGAGUUUGCAGUUUCACGGCUUUUAAUUCCUGUGUAAAAAAGCUUCGAACCUGCUAAAGGGAUAUUUAAGCAGAAGUUACAAAGAGUACAAAUGAUAAUUGGCCAUGCAAAUAAAAACCUUGAUUUGUUAAUUUGGCUUUUUUUUCCCCCUGAGGGGAGGGAUGCUUACAUUCUAGAUAACUUUGUCUUUGCGUGUAUGAUGUAUUUUACAGCACGUUGGCUUUCUGAUUAAACAGUAGGUGCUGUAAAAUAGGUUUCUGUUAGAUUCAAUUAAUCCUUCCUAAAUUGUUUUCAAGGAAACUAAAGCUCAAAGGGAAUUUUGUUUUGAAGGGAGCAAAACUGAGAUGCUUCAGACCGCCCGCCGUGCACGGUGCCUGUCACUCCGCACAAUUUUAGACUCAGUUAAGCCUCCGACCUGCUUCAGCUCAAGGCAUCAUUCAUCUUCAAGUUUUCAUGCAGUGAAUUCUGCAGAAGCAAAACAUGCCAAUUAAUGCAUGUGCUAGGAGGUGGAGUUUGGCUGGAGAGUGGACCAGGCAAGAGGUACGGCGAAGCGGACGUAUUUGUAAUUUUGGGGCUCUCUUCUUAACGGAUACCACUACCCCCGGUGUCCUCCUCAGAGCUGUGGGGCAGCCGUGGGCACAUUUACAGCAGCUGCGCUUCCACCAGGCAGUAGGGCUGCAGGUUCCGAGAGGCCAGGUACCGGGGCCGGGAGCGGAGUUUCCUAAGGCAGCAGCCGCUGCUCCGUGAGGACACGGGCAGGGCCCCAGCGUCCAGAGCUGGCCUUGGUCCUCCCUGCUGGGUACUGCGACAAGCUAGCUUGUUCUCCUUACCUCCCCUGAGCAGUCACUUCGUAGUUUCUUCCCCAGCUGUCCCUCUUAGAAGCCAUUCUUCUGCCUGUUUAUCGGAUGGGAGAGAAGUUAUGUCUUGGUAUUGGGUGGGAGGGUCUAUUUAAACGAGAAUGUAAUAAAAGAGCACUUGUUACCGUCUUGACUGAAAUAUAUAUUAAGUUUCCACUCGAUGGGAGUAAAGCAGCCUUUUACCCUUCUUAAAAGGGCACUUUACUGAAACCAAAAAGAUUUUGUCUACAAAUGCUCUUUUGAGAAGCUAUUAGGAAUCACUCCCUUCAUAGUCAGUCUGGGAAAUAGCCAGAGAGCCUGUAAGGAGUGAGAGCUGUUAACAUAACUCAAGGUGACUUAGGUAAUGGCAAAAUUUGGGCGCUGUCGUUUUAGUUAGCCAAUGAUGCACCUCCACGACAGCCCCGAACACAGAAGCGGUUCACAUCUCUACAAAAGUCUUUAUUUGCAUGGCUAUGUUUACGCGACAGUGCUGUCUGCUCCUAUCUCGCCCCCUCCCCUCUGCGGGUGGGGCGGAAAAACGCGUACAGGAAACUGAAGCAUGUGCCAUUGACUUGCAUUCCAACCCUCGCCUGUUCCCAAAACAUUGGAAACUGCACUGAAAACUGCGUCUGUAGCUUUUCUUUUGUAAGUGACCUCAUAUGUAAAUUCACCAAAUAAAUAUUACAUUCAA